GGACGGCGGGGCGGAGGCGGGGCUUGCCCGGCGUGGGCGGGGCUCUGGCGGCGUGAGCGCGGCCGCGCGGUGGGCCUGCCGGGUCGGAGGGGCGUGCGCUCCAUUUCCGGGUCAGGCCCUCUCCCACCGGCUCCCGCUUUUCUCUUCUCCAUGGCUGGCGGCGGCGGCGGCGCGGGCGCGGCGGCCUCGGCCAACCUGAACGCGGUGAGGGAGACCAUGGACGUUCUGCUUGAGAUUUCAAGGAUUUUGAAUACCGGUUUAGAUAUGGAAACCCUGUCUAUAUGUGUACGACUGUGCGAACAAGGUAUCAAUCCAGAGGCUUUAUCAUCCGUAAUUAAGGAGCUUCGAAAGGGCACUGAAGCACUAAAGGCUGCUGAAAAUGCAAGCUGACUUCUGGGGAAGUUCUGAGCAGAUUUGUCAAGCUCUGCAAGCAAAUUUGAAGACUGCAUUGUAGUCAAGAUGUACAAUGAUAUUACUGCUUGCUGCAUAGAAAAUGUUUUCUUUUAAAAAGAAUUAUAAAACCGUGGCUGUGUAAGUCAAUGGGAAGUGGCUUAAGGGAGAACUAGUGGGCACGUUUACAUCACGGCCAUCUCGUUGUUAAUGGCACCAGCUCCAUGGCAUCGCUGCACUCUUCUUUAUGUAUUCCUUCUUUAUGGCUCUGCUAGCUGUAAUUUUCUACACAGUAUCUGUCAGAUAUACACAGCUGCUAUGCCUGGUUAGUGGAACACAUCAGAGGUGAUGAAUUGUAGUUAUGACUUGUUGACAUUUCCAUUAUAAACCUUAAUUUUGAAGUGUUUAUGCAUAAUAACUGGCUAUAUGUUCCACUGGGCUGGAAGCUGAUGGGAUUUCAGCUGCCAUUUGUGAGUUUGCUUAUUUGUGUGUUUCACAUCUUGUUUCUUAAAAAAGGGUCAAAAGCAUAUCUUCUAAUCAUCUCCUUAACAGAAUGUUUAGUUUUUAAAGCAGGUUUUUGGCAGUUAAAAGUAUAAAGAUGGAUUUUUAUAUUGACUAAAACUUAGAACUUUUAGAAAUUUGGAUUUUAAAGGUAAUGCCCGGGCUUGGUUUAGCCUUAUUUGUAGUGAACCAUUUAAAUUUAAUGAGAGUAUCUGAGAACACUUUUCUUUCCAAAUUUUAUACCAAGUAAAGGCCUACAAAAUAAUGUAUAAAGUAAAAUAGUAAACUUGCAUAAAAAUAAUAGAAAUGUAUACUAAUUAAUCUUGACUGGCUAUUUAAUCAGUACAUAGGUCAUGUAUUUCAACAAAUUGAUCCAUAAUAUUUUCUAAAGAAGUAGGGUUUUCUACUUGUUAAAAAAAUAAUGAAAUGUGUACUAGUAAAUUUAAGUAUGACUGCAGAAAAAAUUUGUGUCAUUAUUUUUAAAGGAUAAACCCAUGAAAAUAAUGGUUCAAAAAUAAAUUUUAAAAAAUGAUGGCAGUAUUGGUUCUGUUCCUGUUAGAGAAUCGCAGUGGAAUGUUUUCACAAGCUUAAUAAGGAUUUAGUCUGAAUUUUGUUGUUUCUUAAAUUUUAAUUUUGGUUCCCUGACACUUAUAUGACAUACAAGCAUUCAUUCUUCUGUAGCCUCUUUUGUAGUUCAGACAAUCAGAAGUGAUUUUAAAAGGGUUAGUAAUUAAGUAGCUAGCCUCUCUGCUGCCCUAGUCUCAACUAUUCCCUAUAAUCAGAAGACUGGGGUAGAGGGCUUGUGCAUUGCAGGCCACCUUGGGCUUUAUGGGCAAUGUAGAGAGACCCCAUCUCAACAGACGAAAUCUGGGCUUGUAGCUAGUUUGACUUUUUAAAUGCAUGACGUCUUUACUGAGUAAAUUGAAAGGUCUAUUACGGGCAACUCUCCCAAGUUGGGGGAUAGUAAGAACUUAUAAGAAUCAUAGGAUUGCUGAUAUGCACAUAUUGCAUAUCACAAAGAACUCUCUCAGAUUCCACAAUUUGUAUUUACUUGUAGGCCAUAGAGUUAAUAGUUUUAUUUAUGAUUUUAUAGAUGAAGUUAUUUAUGUGCAGAAUAAAGUAGGAAAAUAUAUUGAAAACGGAUUGUGUUUUUAGAGAAUAUAUUGUAUCUCAUUAUGUUUAUAAAGAACUUUGUGUUACAUUUUCAAAUGUAAACAUAUAUUUUUAAUGAGCUCAUAAGUAAAAUUUAAGAAACUAGUGAUAACAAUGGCAGUAUCAUGCAUGUUGUCAGUGACAAAAUGAUUUUGGUAUUGGCAUGUCCUUUUGAUGUAAUAUAUGCUUCUGUGAGUUCAGUGCUGUUUCUGAAAUUAAGCUUUGAGUGGGAGUGGAAGUUUUUCCUGAUAGUAAGAGGAGAUAAUCAUAUUAGUAUUGCCUUGGUUUCAAAACUAAGUUGAUAACUCAAAUAAAUGUAAUAAUGUGGGUUUUUUUCUAUGCCUCGUGCAAGGUAAUCUUUAUGUGGAAGUUAUUAUACAAAUUAUUUGUAUAAAAAUUGUUGUUCAAAUAUAUGUGAACAUUUCCCAAUAAUUGAAUCAAAUGUGUUUCAAACAUCUAAUUAAAAACUUGAGUCCUUGG